GAGAGCAGAGGAUCGAACAGAACGAAGGCAGGAGAAACAAUGGCGUGCUGCUUGAUCUGCGUGAAGGAUGACCCCGUGCCGGGCUCGAAGCUCGACCCCUUCUACGGAAACCCCAAUCAGUUCCAGAUCGGAUUGAUGGAGGCACCGUGCAAGAACUGCCCCUGGUUUUGCUUCGGCUGCCUGUGCACGUGCUGCGCGCAGUUCAUCGUCAGGAAGAGGGCCCUCGACGGAAACCUCGAAAACUACUUAUGCUGUCAGGGCUACUAUCCAAUGUGCUGCAUGAGCGCGGGCGACUGCGGGGAGAGAAGCUGCCCGUGUUUCUGCCUCUGUUUGGAGUCGUUCUGUUGCAACAGCUGUGCUGUCAGCUCCAGCAGGAUGUACCUGAUGGACAAGUUCUCGGUAAUGCCGGACCCGUGGGAUAACAGAAUCAUCCGCUUCAACAAUUUCCUGCAGCUUCUGUCGUGCAUCUGCAACAUCGCCGCCAUCUGCAUCGAGGAGAUCCGCGAGCUGGCUAGGAUCAUCGACCUCAUCGCCGACCUCGUAUACAUGACAACCGUCGGCUGCAUGACGGGCCAAAUGAUAUACGAGAUGGACUACCAAGCCUCGGUUGCCCCCAAGGCCCAGGCUAUCGCUGGCCGGUAAACUUGGUAUGGUAACUAGCCUCCGUGAAAUCAACCGGGCUGCUGCUGCCAUGCAUUGCAGUGUCUUGAGGGUAAUUGACUCGCAGGCCGACCGCUGUUUGUGUGGCACGCUCGCUGGAGGCACUUGUUGAGCCUCGCUGGUUGUGGGGCGGGGAGAGCGGAGGCUCGUGUGGCGCCGCUGACGUUGCAACGAGCGUCGGGCAAGCCCUCUUGUUUGGUCGGCAGCAGGAACACAACAGUCUUCCUGCUGCUGCUGCUGCUGCCAGCUAUUUUUUUUUUGCCGCAAGAACGCAUGAGGCGGAAUCGUUAUUGUUCCGUCGACUGUGGGAGGUAGCCAAGGAUCCCGCCUCUCCUGCCUUGAUUGUUGCAGGGGGGGGGGGCGAGAAUGCAACGACGGAGGGUAGGGGGGGGGGGGGGGGGG